CAAUCAGAAGUAGUUCAGUUCCGGUCACAGAUCCAUCGGGAUAGUCGCUCUCGUCGUCUUCUUCGUCUUACCGUCCGUUGUUUCUCGUGUUCUUCGUCGUACCUUUCACAUUGACUCUCCGAUUCCGAAAUUCAGUUCCUACCAUCAUCUUCUUCUUCUCUGACGUCGCUGUAUUUUUCUCUCCGGUGUUCGGCGUCGUCCUCCAAGACAGGGCAGCUUCACCCUCGUCGUCACUUCUUCUUCUACAGUUUCAUUGGAGGCUUUAGACAACUCCAAUGAAUGCUCCGCCAAUUGGGAAGACAUUACUCACCACCACCUUCAUUUUCUUCUCUCUCUUCCUUGCCCUGAUUCUGAUCUCGCCCUCUUCUCCCUUCUCUCAGACGCCGAUCGAUGCUCCAGUAGAAAAGUUGUGGAGCAGGUCAAAAAGAGCUGAGAUAUGGAGUUUACGGAGGCUUUCCGAGUGGAGGCCUUGUAGUUGGUGGCUGCAAGGGCAUCCUGCUGCCCUACCAGCUAAGAGCACUGGGUAUAUUCGAAUCGAUUGCUAUGGUGGGCUCAAUCAGAUGAGGAGGGAUUUUUGUGAUGGUGUCGGCAUGGCUCGCCUGCUGAAUGCCACACUUGUUUUACCUAAAUUUGAAGUUGCUGCCUAUUGGAAUGAGUCAACUGGAUUUGGAGAUGUGUUUGAUGUCGAGUACUUCAUCCAGAAAAUGAACGGCUUCGUACAUAUCGUGAAGGAAUUACCUGCAGAGCUUGCAUCAAAAGAGCCCGUUAGAGUUGACUGUAGCAAGCGCAAAGGCUUAUUCGAUUAUGUAGAAACGGUGCUUCCAUCUCUUCUGAAGCAUCAGUACAUUUCAAUCACGCCAGCAAUGAGCCAAAGAAGGGAUAGAUAUCCACUGUAUGCAAAAGCUGCUCUAUGUCAAGCUUGCUAUAGCGCUCUACGCCUAACCAGUGAAUUAGAAAAGAAAGGUGCCGAGCUUCUGCAAGCUAUACCGAAGCCCUUUCUUGCACUUCACCUACGGUUUGAACCCGACAUGGUAGCUUACAGCCAGUGCGAAUAUCCUGGCCUGUCUCCUACUUCCAUCAGGGCAAUAGAGGCUGCUCGUGGAGAUAGGAAGCCAUGGACCGGCGAACAAGCUCAAUUAUGGCGAAUCCGAGGGAAAUGUCCCCUCACACCAAAUGAAACUGCAACCAUACUUGAAGCUCUUUCCAUACCCACCGACACAAACAUAUAUUUAGCUGCUGGAGAUGGUCUGAUGGAGCUCGAAGGCCUGACUUCAGUGUACGCAAAUGUCUUCACUAAAUCUGCCCUGAUGAACAGCGAAGACUUCAAGAACAUGCACGGGAACACAAAAGCUGCCCUUGAUUACUACAUAUCUAUUAACAGCGAUUCGUACAUGGCGACAUACUUUGGCAAUAUGGAUAAGAUGGUUUCAGCGAUUCGGGCUUUCAAGGGGAUGUAUAAAACACUUUUCUUGAGUAGGAGGGCCUUCGCUGUUUUGACUUCGCAGGGGCUUAAGGGGAACUCUUUGAUGGAAGCUUUGUGGAAGGUUCACAGGGAUGAUUUCGUUAGGGGUGUGGGAUCCGGGUUGCCCGACUGCUUCUGUGAGUUCAAACUGUGAUGCGAAGACCGAGCGGGCAACGAUUCAGGUAUUCUUUUAAUUCAUGGAUUUUGGGGCAAAGCUUUGAUCAUCCAUUGCUGCAUUGAAUGUGUUAAAUGUAUGCUCAUUUUCUUGCAGUUGGAGGAUUUUUCUCAGAGCAUAUUGUUGUGCCUUGUUUUAUUAUACAACUUUUUAUUUGAAUGUUUGGUCAUUCAUGUUCUAUAUGGUCUGAAUCUGUUACUCGA